ACUCCAUUGUCGGCGUCCACAUUGAAAUGAAUGACAACCGGUGCAAUGUAGAGGAGUGCUUAUGGUUAAUGUGAACGAGGCUUUGUCUGAAUCGGUCCCAUUGAGCCUGCUGCUCCAGCACGAAUGAUGCUGAUGCUGCGCCCACGCUCAAAUAUCUCUACUGCGCAGUCGCCGAUGCAACGAACGCAGUAAGAGAAAGGAGACGCAAUAAUGGCCCUUGAUAAUUUAAUUUUCGCCCAAUGCGUCCUCUAUUUUUUGGCGUUUGUUUUUGGUUUUAUUGCCGUAGUGCCUCUCUCUGAAAACACGGAGGAUUUUCGUGGAAAAUGCUUGCUUUUCACGCGUGGUAUGUGGCAGAAUGAGAACAUCACAGUCUCAAAGCAGCGCUUUAUCGUUGAGGAGUGGGGACCGGAGUCUUCCUGCAGUUUCAUCACUUUUGUCGGGAUAGCAUCUCUCAUCCUGUCCGCAGUGCAGUCAUGGAGACUGCUGUUGUUUCUUUUCAAAGGCCACGACGAUUCCCUGUUCAAUGCCUUCCUGAAUCUGUUGAUCAGCUCCUUGAUGGUGUUCACAGUGUUCCUCUCCAGCACCAUCAUUAGUGUGGGCUUCAACUUGUGGUGUGACGCCAUCACAGAGGGCGGGGGCAUGCCCAGCAGCUGUGAGGACAUGCAGGACACAGAUCUGGAGUUAGGAUUGGACAACUCCUCGUUCUAUGACCAGUUUGCCAUUGCCCAGUUUGGUCUGUGGGCAGCAUGGCUGACGUGGCUGGGCAUCACGGUCAUGGCCUUCCUCAAGGUCUACCACAACUACCGCCAGGAGGACCUUCUGGACAGUCUGAUCCACGAGAAGGAGCUGCUGCUUGGACACUCGUCCCACCGGGGCUCCGAUGCCAACCAGUUGAAGAGUGGCAUGAUCUAACACCCAGAGGGCACGUGCACAUUACUGACACAUAUCCUCCUAUCCUACCCCAAACUGCCAGCCCCUGUCAAUCUACACUGAGUGUACAAAAGAUUAGGAACAACUUCCUAAUAUUGAGUUUCACCUCUUUUUGCCCUCAGACAGCC